AUGCAUUCAGUCCCGGCGCCCGACCAGCAUACACGCCACCUCCCUCGCAUACUUUGCCUCCAUGGCGGAGGAACCAACGCACGUAUUUUCCGCGCCCAAUGUCGCGGAAUUGUUGCGCAGUUAAAGUCGGAAUACCGCCUCAUCUUUGCUGAAGCACCAUUCGAGUCUCAAGUGGGCCCCGAUGUUACGCAGGCCUACGGCGGAUGGGGUCCGUUUCGUCGUUGGCUUCGCUGGUUACCUGACCAGCCUAAUGCGCACCCCAACUUCAUAAUUGAGCAAAUCGAUGGGUCGUUGAUGGAUGCCAUGGCUUCUGAUACUCGAGCGGGCGCAACUGGCGAAUGGGUCGGCAUAUUGGGCUUCAGUCAGGGUGCAAAAGUAGCCGCUAGCAUCCUGUAUAGACAACAACUUCGACACCAAGUCCUCGAGCAAGACAAGUGGUUCAACUUUCAAUUUGGCAUCCUUCUGGCAGGGCGAGCGCCUCUUGUCUCUUUGGAUCCCGACUUGUGGCCGGAUCAAACCCUCCCAGAUGCAUCGCAAACCACGGACUGGCCCAGGAGGGACAGUGACAAGCGCAGUUUCUACGGCAAUGAACACAUUCUAAGUAUUCCUACCCUGCAUGUGCAUGGCCUCAACGACAAGGGCUUAGAGCUCCACCGGAGCCUAUUUGAGAGAUUUUGCGACUCGCGGAGCAGGCAUUUGGUAGAGUGGGAUGGGGCGCAUCAAGUACCGCUGAAGCUUAAGGAUGUGCAGGUGGUCGUGGAGGAGAUACGUAAUCUUGCAGCUGGCGCAACAGCGGAUACUACCUACAACCAGCUAUAG